UCUACACUUGAUUAGUCAAUUGUCAGAAGUUUUCCUCAACUGCUGUCGCACAUUACGUUAACUAUACGGUGCGCGCUGUAAAUUUGAUCGGUGACUGGUCGAGAACAUAAAAUAUCUGUACAAAAAUUUUACAAAAAUGCAGCCCGUCAAAGUAAUAUUCUCGAAUGUUGCACGGCGCACUUUCUCUACCUCUCCGAAGACCCUUGCGGCGAAGCAGUUGACCGUGCGAGAAGCUUUAAAUUCUGCUUUGGAUGAAGAAAUGGCACGCGACGACCGUGUGUUUCUGAUGGGUGAAGAGGUCGCCCAAUAUGAUGGCGCCUAUAAAGUAUCGCGUGGGCUCUGGAAAAAAUAUGGUGAUCAUCGAGUAGUGGAUACUCCCAUUACAGAGAUGGGUUUCGCCGGUAUUGCUGUCGGCGCUGCUAUGGCUGGUUUGCGACCAAUUUGCGAGUUUAUGACAUUUAACUUCUCAAUGCAAGCUAUUGAUCACGUUGUCAAUUCAGCAGCCAAGACUUUCUACAUGUCUGCCGGUGCGGUCAACGUGCCGAUAGUUUUCCGUGGUCCCAAUGGAGCUGCCGCUGGUGUUGCAGCUCAACAUUCUCAGUGUUUCGCAGCUUGGUAUGCGCACUGCCCCGGCUUGAAGGUCAUAUCGCCUUAUGACAGUGAGGAUGCACGCGGUUUGCUCAAGGCUUCUAUUCGCGAUCCUGAUCCAGUGGUGUGUCUGGAAAAUGAAAUGUUGUAUGGUGUUGCAUUCCCAGUGGAGGAUAAAGUGUUGGACAAGGAUUUCGUAUUGCCCAUUGGCAAGGCAAAAAUAAUGAAGCCCGGCAAUCACAUCACUCUAGUGGCACACUCCAGAGCUGUGGAAACCUCGCUGUUAGCUGCCGCCGAAUUGGCUAAAAAGGGUAUUGAAGCUGAAGUUAUCAAUUUACGUUCGAUUCGCCCACUGGACAUGGACACCAUUUGCAAGUCCGUUAAAAAGACACAUCAUCUUGUAACCGUGGAACAGGGCUGGCCACAACAUGGUGUCGGCGCUGAAAUUUGUGCUCGUAUCAUGGAGGACGAAACCUUCUUCCACUUGGAUGCACCUGUUUGGCGUGUGUGCGGCGUCGAUGUUCCCAUGCCUUACACCAAGACCCUCGAAGCUAAUGCAUUGCCACAGGCCCAAAAUAUUGUCGAAGCUGUAACCAAAAUUAUUGGACCCAAAAAGUAGAGAAUUUUUCACCAUCUAAAUCUCACCUUAGUAAAAUUUAAAUUGCUUUAGCAGAAAAAUUGUUCGCAAGCAAUUUCACACAGAACUUGAUUGUUUAUGAUGAAAAGAUUGAACAUCACACUUAUACAUACAUACACGAAGUCUUAAGAUUAAAAGCCGACAAACUAUUUUAUUUUGAAACACUUACUGUCAGACAGAAGCCACAGACCUAAAGUAGUCAUAUAUACAAAAAAAAUCGAAUCAUACAAUCGAAAAUCAGACUAUAAGUCAGAGAAUUAAAAUAUAUUUUUAAUUAACCGGCGAAACAAACUUAAUCGGAAAUAGGAAUAGGGUUUAGUGCAUUUCACCUUACGGCCGGCUAUGCAUGUUUACGAUAACGUACAACAGCUGUGCUAAAUUUCUGCCAUAAUAUAUUUUUAAUGUGACAAUGGUACGUGGAUCUAUGCACACGUAAAUUGUGAUUAUAAUUUAAAAUAUCUUUUAGUUAAAAUUUUUAAAUUAAUUUCAAUUUUAGAAUAUUACAAGAACAGCGGUUAAAAUAAAGGCUAUAUGAGGACUAAGUUCGGGAAAUAUA